UUUAAAUUUGUAAUUUUUUUGGAUAUUUCCCCCAUUUGCGGGGAACGAGGGAAUUUUUUUCAAUUUUUAAGGGUAAUGUCUUCAACUAGAUAUGAUUUGUGAUCUUUUGACGUAUUGUUGAAAGAAAUCGGUCCAGUGAGAGCUGAGAAAAAAUAGCAACAGACAUAAAAAAAAAAAAAUAAAAAAAAAAAAGUAUGAAGAAGGAGAGUAUAGUAAGUAAAUACAAACAAAUAAUGAUGGCUAAGCUAAACACCGUAGAACAGUCACAAGACAUUCAAAAGAAAUGGGAAAAUCUAAGAACCAUUUUUAAAACAACAGCGGAAGAAAUAAUUGGAGUAGAGCCCAAGAGAAGACAGAAUAAAUGGUUCAAUGAUAACUUUAAGAAGGCGAUAGAAGACAGAGAAAAAGCAAGACUAGAAGUAUUGAGGUCUAAUACAGAAGAAAAAAGGCAAAUACUAGCACAAAAACAGAGAGCAUGCAAACAGGUAAUAAGAAGGGAAAAAAGAAUCUGGGAAGAACAAAAAAUAAAAACCAUUGAAGAGGAAUACUUGAAUUCCCGCACCUUUUUUGGAAUAACAAAUGAACUAACGAAAAAACGUAAACCAAGAACCAUGAUAAUGAAAGAUAGCAAUAACGUACUGAUCACAGAAGAAAAAAAGAUUGCGGAAGAAUUCAGAGAGACGUUUAAACAGUUAUUGGGAAAACCAGUGGAUACAACCGAAGAGAGUACAACAUACCAAACUGCAGAACCUGAAGAUAAAAUACCAAGUAAAGAAGAAAUAGAAGUGGCCAUUAAAAUGCUUAAGAAUAAUAAGGCCCCAGGAGAAGACUCGAUCAUGGCUGAACUCCUGAAGAACGGUGGACAAAAACUAACGCAGGAAAUAUGGGACCUAUUAAAAGAAGUUUGGAAAACUGAAAGGAUUCCACCGGAAUAGAACCUAUCGUUAAUAUGCCCCAUAUAUAAAAAAGGGGACCCCAUGGAUGUAAAGAAUUAUAGGGGAAUAUCCUUACUUAAUACCAUAUACAAGAUUCUAUCGAACACUCUACUAAACCGAUUAAGACCAUACGCCAAUAACAUCAUAGGAGAUUAUCAGAGUGGAUUCAUGUCAGGCAGAUCAACAAUAGACCAUAUUUUCACGCUUAAACAAAUUUUAAACAAGCAUAUGACUCCGUACAAAGAGUAGAAAUAUGGAAAUGCUUAAAGCUGUUAG